AUGUAUGUAAAGAAUAUUUCAGUCAAGGUUCGCGAGGAGCGGCCGGUUGACAUUAACCCGAGCCAAACGUUAACCAACAUCUCGUUCAAUGGAGUCGGAGGCUUAUCGCAGACACUGACCUCGUUGUACACAUCUCUUCUUGGCGACUCCUUCAUGCGGAACAUCCACAGCCUUCGAAAUCAGAACAAACAGGAGAAGAUCACCGAUGAAGACGUCAUCCAAGCUCUCGAAGAGGUCAGCUCCAGUCAGCACUCGUACUUUUGGGUAUAG